AUGGCGCAAAUAAUAUCGCCAUCCGAGCAAGAUGCGGAAACUUGGAAUCCAGCUCUCCGUCCGGACUCGAGUAUUCAUCACCCCGAGCCGGUCGCAUCGACCGAUGCGUUGUCGGAUCUCCUGGCCGCAGAUAACGCCAAACAAGCACCCACUUCCGAUGUCAAGUCCCCCCUCAGCGAUGAUAGCUUUUCCGCAUGGGACAUGCCCAUCGAAGGCAACCAGAUGCCAUCGAUAGACACCGCCGUGGAAUCCACAACAGAGAAUGCGCCGGCAACUUUGGAUAAUAACCCGAAGGUGAAUGGCACCACGGACGCCGUCCCUGCCGAGGCGUCAACCUCGGAUGAGUCCCAAGACCCCUUUGCGCAAGGCGCUGAGCCCUCGCAACCUCAGCCUGAUCAGCCACCAGCUCCUUUGGUUGAAGCUGCUCUUGCUGUUGAUGCUAACGAACCUACGCUCGCUCCGACCUCCGAUAAUACCGAACCCGAGCAGCCCCAAUUGCAGCCCGACGUGCCAGCUGUCUUUCCCCCCCAGAUUACCGAAACGAGAGAAGUUGUUGAGCCGACCACAACUGCCGGACCCCCUGCCGAGCCCGAGUCUUUGGCAAUCGAUAAUAAUCCUGUGCAGCCGCAAGGUGACGAGCCGAGCGUUGCCGUCGAGUCGACCUUUGAGCCUGUGGAGCCAGUAGCCACCGGUACAGAAACCAACGCCGAGAUCGAGAUUCCCACCGCCAACGAAGAGCCCGCUGAACAACCUUUCCAGACCGAAUCGACGACCGUGGAAUCGGUUUUCAACACCGACUCUCAAGAAGACCCCGCGGCGUCGUUCUUUGACGAUAUCGAAGGCGUCCAAGACCGAGCGGAUCAAACCCCCGGACCUUGGGAUGCCCUGGAUGAUAAGGAUACCGGCGCGCAGCCAGUUGUUGAGACACCGACUCAAGCGGCUGAAAGUGCCCCAUUGGCAGUGGAAACAACGUUGGAGGAUGAGCCUACAGAAGAUGACGACGCUUGGGGGCAUAAUGCUCCUAUCGAUGUGGACUCCGACGGAGAUGACUUCUUCAACCAGCUGAAGACUCAAACAAAGCCCAUCUUUGGUCCUCCAGAGACAGAGUCAAGAUACGAGGAGGGUGUUCCCUUGCUCGAUGAGCCUUAUUCUCCUUUUUCUCCGGCGCAGGAGAAGAUACAGGAGACACCGCAGCAAACCUCCGUCGACAACUUGUUUGACAAAGAUGAUGAGGAUGCGGAAGGAUUCUUCAGUUCCGCGCAGAAGCCAGAGCCCAGUGUUCCGCGUUCGCUCCACAUCACGCGCAAAAGCACCUCGCAAGUAAUGGAUUCCUCCAUUGGAUUCCACAUUGACUCUCCAGUCAGUGACAUUUCGGCCGCCGCCCAGCUCGAUAGCGUUCUUAAUGCUGCAUCAUCUGACUCUACCGCGCCCCAGGUCCAAACAGAAGGUGGAGAACCAUCGGAGGAGGAUCUUGCCGCACGCUGGGAAGCCGAACUUAGUGAUAUGGGAGAGGAUGACAUAGCGGCGCGUUGGGAAGCGGCACUGAGCGAUGAUGAUGAAGAUAUGUUACUGGGAGAUGAUGUUCAACCACCUACUGGACAGCAAACUGCUCCACAGGCUGCGGUUGCUUCCCUAACCAACGCUGGGCCGACUGGCUUGAACAGUCCCUUCCAGACGCCACAGAGCCAAGCUCAGCCCCGUCCAAUCCCAGGUGUAUACACUCCACAUCAACCGACCACGGGCGACCUGGUGUCCGGACAUCCUCUCCCAGGAGCUCCUCCUCAGACAAACUCUUACUUCUCCCAGCAGCCUUCGAACCCCGUUGCAACACGAGGAGAAAGCUAUGCCGAGCAAUCGAAGCAAGGCUACAAGUCGCCCUAUGAUCUCCCCGAUGACUUGUCUCGUCCUCGACGGCCAGUAGCUACUCAUAAGCCUGUUCCCCCGAAGGUGGAGAAUAUGCCGCCGCCCUCGAGCAUUGGUGUGCAACAACAUGCAGCGCCUCCCCCGAUGCCAUCUGCCCCAUCAGCCAUGGCUCCUCCCACGACUACACCGGCUGCUCCCCCGCCGGCACCGAAGAACUUUUACGAAGAGCUUCCCUUACCAGCCCCCAGAUCUCGCCCUGCUAGCUCUGGGCGGUAUACUUCCGGUCCCGUCGCAGCUGGUCCUGGUCCGACUGUACAGCCACCCAUGCCACCACCACAACAUGCAAAUAUAAUGGCUCCACCUCCUGCUCCUCCUGCCAAUAUACCCGCUGCACAAUCCUCUCUGCAGCUUCCGGAACCGGUUGACCCGUAUUCAUCUACAUUGGCGUCAAGUGCGCCCGCUGGUCCUAGUGCCGCCUCUAGAUAUUCUCCAAAGCCUCCAGGUCUCAAUCCGUCCGCGAAACCGCCUUCGCUUCCAAGAUACUCACCAGCGCCUCCACCCUCAGCACCCGCUGGGGGCCGCAACCGCUACGCAUCGCAACCACUAUCUGUUCCUGGACAGCAGACAUCUCUACCAUUCCAGCCUCGUACAUCUAGCCCCUUGGCUUAUCACGAAAAGGUGUCGUAUCAACCUGAAGUGACGCAACAACAUCAUAUGCCACCCCCAUCGCUUCAGCCAUCGGUCGACCUGUCUCCCCUCGUCAGCGUCCAAGCAUCGAUCAAGGAUCGCCUUGCUCCCCAUCAGGCUCCCCCAACGAGUCGCUAUGCGCCAGCGGAGUAUCUUAAUGAGUUUGCCAAUCGUGUUGCGCCUAGCCCUACCCAAACCCAAGCUCCCCCGCUUCCGAGUCCUACUUAUGCCCCGGCUGUUUCGGCUCCUGCAGCAGCUGGACCGACAUCACCCCAAGCGGUUGAUUCGCAAUUUGCUGCUCCCCGCAGGUCUCAAACCCAGUCGCCUGGUCAGCAGGUUACCAGCCCCCGCUCGUACGUGCCAUCUAUAGAGCCUCCUCUUCCACGUCCUGCCUCAGUUCAUGGAUCUUCGUCACCAACUAAGACGUCAAACCCCUACGCACCCGCACAGCCAUCUAUAGCGAGCCGGGCUCGUGCGAUGUCUCAGCAUCUUGCUUUCAUCACCCCCGUGGAUGGUCAGGAGCAGGAUACUCUUCAGCGGUGGAAGGGAGCGCCGAUUUUCAAGUUUGGAUUUGGCGGAGCAGUGGUUUCAUGUUUCCCCAAACACAUCCCACGCUAUUCUGCUGGUCAAACGGCACCCAUGAUUAAGCCUAGCCCGGGCGAACCCAAGUUUUCUCAAUUGAACCAGUGGUUGCCUCCCACAGACACUAUUGUCCAACACCCUGGUCCUCUCAAGACCAAGGCUAAGAAGAAGGAUGUGCUGGCUUGGAUUUCAAGCAAGGUUGCGGCUUUCGAGAAUGAGGUCUCCCCAGACUUUGAUCACUCCGACCCGGAUGCACAGAAGCGCCAUGAUGAGAAGAUUUUGCUGUGGAAGGUCGCCAAAAUCCUGGUCGAGAACGAUGGGGUUCUAGAGGGAUCGCCUGCAGUCGAACAAUCCCUUCGGCAGGCCAUCUUCCCCAAUCUGCAGAGCCAAAACUCGGAGAACUCGUAUGGAGGCACCUUUGCAAACUCGGGCAGCCUGAGAGCACUCAACAACCCCCUACAAUCAGAUUCUGUCGAUCCUCGCUGGAUGGAAGAUUUGCGCAAUGACUUGUUCUUGGGUGAACGUGAGAAGGCUGUCUGGGGCGCCGUUGAUCGUCGUUUGUGGGGACAUGCCAUGAUCGUCGCGUCAACCAUGGACAAGUCGGUGUGGAAACAAGUGGUGCAAGAGUUUGUUCGACGUGAAAUCAAGUCAACGGCAGCCAAUUCCGAGUCACUUUCAGCUCUCUACGAGAUCUUUGCCGGAAACGUGGAAGAGAGCAUCGAUGAAUUGGUUCCCCCGUCUGCGCGGGCUGGCCACCACUUGAUCAGUAAGGCUGAUGGACAAGGAGCGUCAAAGAACGCCCUCGAUGGUCUGGACAGCUGGAGAGACACUCUUGGACUGGUUCUUAGCAAUCGCAGCCCCGAGGAUCACCAGGCAUUGCUUGCACUUGGGCGUUUGCUCGCAUCUUAUGGCCGCAUUGAAGCUGCGCAUAUUUGCUUCAUGUUCUCUCGAGGUGCUGUUUUCGGUGGUGCUGAUGACCCCCAUGCGAACAUUGUGCUCUUGGGCGCUGAUCACCAGCGCCAUCCUUGCACUCUGCUUGAUGAAGAUUCAUUCCUCCUGACCGAGAUCUACGAGUACGCCACAUCCGUUCUUGCAAGCUCUCCGAUAGCAAAUCUGCCACACCUCCUGUCAUUCAAGUUGCUGCAUGCUAAGCAACUUGCCGACCGAGGUCGCAAAUCUGAGGCACAGAACUACUGUGAUGGAGUCGCGGCGUCUUUGAAGGCCACCACGCGGCCUUCGCCAUAUCACCACCAAUAUCUGUUUAUUGAAGUGGACGAGCUUUCCGCACGUCUCCGUCAAACCACUACCGACGGUGGUUCAUCCUGGAUUUCCAAGCCAAGCAUGGAGAAGGUUUCCGGGUCCGUGUGGGCUCGCUUCAAUAGUUUCGUUGCUGGCGAUGAGAAUGAUCCGGCAUCAGCAGGUUCUGGCAAGGCCGGGGAAGUCCCGGACGUUGGUCCCUUCGCUAAUAUCGCGGGAACGCCAACUGUUAGCCGGUCUCCCUCCGUGUCGGAUCUGUAUGGAUCGUACCCCGGCGCAGGAGCGCAGCCAAUCCCCGCUGGUGGUCCCUCGCGGUACAUGCCUUCAUCGAACCCGUACGCGCCUAAUGGGUCCCCUGAGCAACCCCGUGGAAGAUCAUCCAUGGAUUCCCAGCGCUCUGCCUCGUAUGGAGGUAUCUCCUACGGCCAACGUCGGAGCUCGCAAGAUAUUUCAUCCCCUUCAGCAGAUACUCAAACAUUUGCCGGAGCGAUUUACGGAUCUCCAGGUGCUGCUACUGGCUAUCAGCCUACUCCUCCCCAGUCGUCUUACAUGCCGCUUGCCCCGGUUGAGGAAACAUCGGCCACCCAAUCUCCCGCAGAUUCGGCACCGCCUCCUCAAUCGACUCUCAACGGGCUCUUCUACCAGCCUCAAGGACAGGAAUCAGCCAACCAGUCUCAGUCUCCUUACUACCAAGGACCCCCUGGAAUGCCGCAGCCAGAGAGCAAUGGGUACCUGCCUCCCGCGACCAGCUCUAAUUCUUACGAGCCACCUUCCUAUGCUCCUGUUAUGAGCUCUGCGCCGGAAGAGAUACAGGACCCCGCCGAAGAAGAGGCGCCUAAGCCCAAAAAGUCCUUCAUGGAUGAUGAAGAUGACGGGGAUUUGGCUGCUCAAGCUGCCGCUCUCAAGAAGGCCGAGAAUGACCGCAAGGCGGACGAAGCUUUCAGAAAGGCCGCCGAAGAAGAUGCCAAGAAAGAUCAACAAGGCCCCAAGAAGGGGUGGUUUGGUGGAUGGUUCGGAGGUGCCAAAAAGGAAGCCGAACAGUCAGGCGGCGGCGGCGGUGGCGGCGGCCCUAUCAGGGCCAAGCUCGGCGAGGAGAAUUCAUUCUACUACGACAAGGACCUGAAGAAGUGGGUGAACAAGAAGGACCCUGGCAGCGCCGAACCCGUUCGUGCUACGCCGCCUCCUCCCCGCAGCUCGGCUCCUCCCAGUCGCAAUGCCAGCUCCGGCAGCAUGCCUCCGCCUCCGAUGCCACCGAUGCCUUUUGCCUCAGGAAGUCGUCCCACAUCUUCAUCCAGUGAUAUGCCGCCUUCGCUUUCAUCUAGCCCAGCUUUCUCUAGUCUUGGUGUGCCCCCGCCAAUGGGCCCUUAUGGCGGUAGCCUGCCGCGGUCUGUCUCUACCGGUGCCGCUCAUCCAACACCACCUGGCAGCUCAUCCGGGCCGCCUCCUCGUCCCUCGUCAUCUUUGACGCAUGCCAGCUCUAUUGACGACCUCAUCGGUGCCCCGCAAGCACGCAAGGGUAAUACUGUCAAGGGCAAGAAGAAGGGCCGCUACGUCGACGUGAUGGCCCAAUAA